CGCCCUGGCCCUCCGAGCCCCGCGGUCCCCGUUGCCAUGCGGCGGGCACCGGCCUGGGCACCGCCGUGGGCACCGGCCUGGGCACCGCUGUGGGCCCUGCUCUGGGCACCGCUCUGCGCCCCCGGCGCCCCCACCGGGGGGCAGCGGCCGGAGCGGAGCCCGCAGGGACAAACCACCCCCGUGGUUUUGCGGGGCAACGAGACGGUCAGCCUGAAGGACGCCCUCCGGCAGGGGCCACCCCCCACCCUGCGGAUCGCCCUGGAGCUGGCAGGCCUCGACCACGUGCUGGACCUUCGAAGGAACGAGGUUCUGCUCCCGGGACCCCCGGCUCUGGUGUGGCCCCGUUGGGCCGGAUCCCGCCACCCCCGGGACGGGCACGGCCUGGACAACUGCUGCUAUCACGGGGCCGUGCUGGGCCGCCCGGACUCCUGGGCCUCCGUCUGCACCUGCUCCGGGCUCAGGGGACUGGUGGCGUUGACCCCGGGGGUCAGCUUGGCCCUGGAGCCGACGGCGGGAAGGCCGGACGACCCCGUCCGGGUCACACCGACCGGCAACCUCCGCCUCGCCGGGGGAGCCUGUGCCACGCGCCCACCGCCUCCCGGGCCGCAGCCCGCGCCACGGGGCAGACGGGCCGUGGCAGCGGAGCCGACGCCGGAGCCCAAGUUGGUGGAGCUGGUGAUCGUGGCUGACCAGUCGGAGGUCCAGCGCUACCCAGAUGCCCAGCAGCUCCAGACCCGCAUGUUGGAGGUGGCCAACCUGGUGGACGCGUUCUUCCGCCCGCUGGGGGUGCGGGUGGCCCUGGUGGGCAUCGAGGCCUGGCGCGGCGCGACGCUGAGCCGGGACGCGGGCACCGCGCUGGACCGCUUCCUCCGCUGGCGCCGGACGGACCUGCUGCCCCGGCUGCCCCACGACAGUGCCCAGCUGGUCACGGCCGCCCCGUUCUCCGGCUCGGCCGUGGGCAUGGCUGUGCAGGACUCCAUCUGCUCCCCGGAGUUCUCGGGCGGCGUCAACGUGGACCACUCGGUGAGCGUGCUGGGCCUGGCGUCCACUAUGGCCCACGAGCUGGGCCACAGCCUGGGCCUCCCCCACGACCCCCCGGGAGAAGCCUGCCCGUGCCCGGACCGACCCCCGGCCAAAAGCUGCAUCAUGGAGGCCGCCACCGCGUUCCUGCCGGGCCUGAGCUUCAGCCUCUGCAGCCGGGCGGCCCUGGAGCGGGGGCUGCGGGCGGGGGGCAAGGCCUGCCUGUUCGCCCGCGAGGACCCCCGCCCGGCCCGGACCCCCUGGGCCCCCCGUUGUGGCAACCUGCUUGUGGAGCCCGGCGAGCAGUGCGACUGUGGCCUCCGCCAGGAAUGCUCUGACCCCUGCUGCAACGCUACUGCCUGCCAACUGCUGCCCGGCGCCCAGUGCUCUUCGGCCGACCUGUGCUGCCAGGAUUGCCAGUUCCGCCCGGCGGGCUGGGAGUGCCGCCCGCGCCGUGGAGCCUGCGACCUGGCCGAGUUCUGCCCGGGCGACGGGCCGCGGUGCCCGCCGGACUCCAGCCUCGGGGAUGGAGAGCCCUGUGGCCCGGGGGCCGGAGAGGAGGCCGUCUGCGUGGGAGGCCUCUGCGCCUCCUACACCGCCCAGUGCCAGGCCCUGUGGGGUCCCGGGGCUCGCCCUGCCCCUGCCCCCUGCAUCCUCGCUGCCAACGUCCGAGGCGACGCCUUCGGGAGCUGCGGGCGCCGGCCCGACGGGGGCUACCGGCCUUGUGCCCCACGGGAUGCCAGCUGUGGGCAGCUACAGUGCCAAGGUGGCACCGCCCAGCCUCCGGUGGGCACGGCCCGGGAGACGCGGCAGGAGACGGUGGAUGCCAACGGGACCCGGCGGGCCUGCCGCUGGACGCUCCUGGAUCUCGGGGACGACGUGGCCCAACCUCCCCUGGCACUGCCGGGCACCUCCUGUGGUCCCGGCCUGGUGUGCGUGGAGCGGAGGUGCCAGCCCGUGGCCACCCUGAAGGCGGACGAAUGCCGGACCAAGUGCCACGGACGCGGGGUGUGCAACAGCCGCGGGCACUGCCACUGCCAAGACGGGUGGGCACCGCCCCACUGCGAGCGGCGCGGCACCGGGGGCAGCGUCGACAGCGGGGCCCUGGGGCAGCCCAAAGCGGCCCGCUCCCUGACCACGGGCCUGCUCCUCAGCCUGACCCUGCUGCUGCUUCUGCUGGUGGCCCUGGGCGUCUACUACAAGCAGCGACUGUGUCGCCGCUCCCUCCGCCAGGGCCUGUGCCAGCUCAAGGGGACCAGCGGGCUGGACAGCGAGACAGCAGAGACGCGGGUUCGAUUCCUCCACGGGAGCAUCUGGGCAAAUGGCUGGGGGGGCCCGCAGACCAGUCUCCCCCAGCGGUCCCAGGCCACCGAACUCCGGUCAUUGUCCAGUGCCAAGCCUGGCAGGCCCACUCAUGCCCGCCCCCCAUCUAGGCCUCUCCCGCCCGACCCCGUGCCCAGGUCGCAGCAGGCCGCGGACCCCGGCCGGCCCGAACCCCCCUCGCGCCCGCUGCCCCCCGACCCCGUGGCGAGGGGCUCGCAGGUUGAGGUCCCUGCCAAGCCCCCGGCCCCCCGGAAGCCGUUGCCCACCGACCCCUCCACCCAAGAGCUCCCAGACGCUGCCACUCUUGCCAUGAUGGUGCCCUCCAGGCCGGCACCCCCGCGCCCAAAUUGUAGCGCAGCAGGCCCAAGCACAGCCCCGUGACCCCGCCUUGGAGCUGUAUUAGCCCCCUCCCCAGCCCGGAGGACCCCCAGUGCUGUGGAGGACGGCGGCGGACCACGGCAGAGGGUCGUCGGGCCUCCCGCCGCACUUUUGGGGGACCCGUGUCGGCGUUGGGGUUCCUGCCCUGAGCGGCAAGGGGUGCAUGUCGCCUUAGCGAUGCCCCCCAGCACUUCUCCUGUCGCCCGGCCUGUCGGGGUGGACCGUCCCACUGUCCGGAUGGCAAGACCGAGGCCCGGGCUUAGGACGGACGACUUCCACCCUGACAAUAAAAGCGAGAAGCCAAAAUCGUCUUCGCCUCUGUCCUCGCCCGGAGAUGGGGGGCAGAGCUGGGUGGGCCGACGCCUGCCACCCCUUUUUCUC